AUGCGUUUCUCGGGCGCCCUCAUCUUGGGGCUUGCCAUCAGAGGCAGUCUCCAGCAAACCCCGACAUCAGCAGCAGUUGCGCCGACCAGUGCGGCAGUGGCACCAACAUCUGCAGCAGUAGCACCGACAUCUGCUGUGGUGGCCCCCUCGAGUGCUCCUCAAGCUUCGAGUGCUGCCCAACCUUCAAGGCAAUCCAGUGCCCAGGCCCCGGCAUCCUCUGCCGCUGCACCCAGCGUGGCCCCUUCGGCGAGCGGCCAAUCUUCUGCGGCCGGAGCUUCGUCCCAGGCCCAGGCAUCUUCAUCCGCGGCGGCACCCACGUCGGCGGGAGGACAAACAUCACGAGCGGCCACCUCUGGCGCCCAGGCCACAUCUGCGGUAAUUGCACCAUCCUCACAAGCACCUGCCACCUCACAAGCACCUCCGUCCUCACAAGCACCUCCAUCCUCACAAGCACCUCCGUCCUCGCAAGCACCUCCGUCUUCACAAGCACCUGCAUCCUCGCAGCUACCUCCAUCCUCACACCCACCUCCCACCUCCGUCCCGAGAGCAACGUCGACUAACUCCCAGGAGGCCACCCAAGGUUCUUCCGCUUCUAGAGGCUCCGGCACCACACUGGCCACGGCCACUUCUGGAGGAUCCCAGACCGUUGGAGGAAGCGCAACUAGCCGCUCUGGAUCUGCCGCCACGACGACGACCACCUCGUCCGCCACUGCGUCGGUAUCCUCUGCCAAGCUGGACUCGGCGACCGUGGGACAGAAUGCCGCGGUGACGCAGGUCUCAGGAAAGCCUGCAGUUGCCAUGAACGCACCAGCCAACGGCAAGUCAUCCUUCACCGUCGAGGCCAAGGAACCCGACGACGUCAAGCCCGGCGAGAGCAUCAGGGUCCUCGCCACCAUCAUAGUCGGCGCCCCAAACAGCGGCAAGCGAUCCUUCCUCGACCGCCGGCAGUCCGGCGGCGUGUGCCAGCUGCAGAUGCAGAUCGACGGCACCUCCGUGUACGACGCCCAGGUGUCGGCCGCCGGGGCCGGGGGCGCCACGAUGGACAUCGCCACCAACGGCGCGCAGGCGGCCACGGACAUGCCCAAGAUCAACGUCACGCAGAUCUGCGGGUCGAUGCCCGUCGAGGUCACCGUCACCAACAUGUUCGUGACCAGUGUCAACGGCGGCGUGAUGAACCCGGACGUCAACCCCAGCUCGACGGGCUCAGGAGGUAACAACGGCGGCAGCAGUACCUCGGGAACCAAAACUGGCUCGUCCACUACCAGCACUCAAAGUGCGACUGGGGGAGGUAGCAACAACAACGGUGCUGGCUAUUCUGCUCUUGACGCUGCUCGGUCCUCCGUCUGGGCUCUCUGCCUGGUGGUUCCCGCCGUCGUUUUCGCCAUCUGA